UGUAAUUUUACCAUGGAGUUGGGAGCAUGAAGUCAGUCGAGAGCUUUGCGUUAUAUGAAAAAUGAUUAAAUACUAUGAUUGAUACAGUAUAUAACAGUGUAUAAUACAUUCAUGGCCGUACCAGCGCGUUUUUUAUUUAAUAUUUACAUUUUAGUUAAUUUACACCACGAAGUCAUGCUAAGUUAGCUAGCACUUUUGUUUUGUUUGCACUGUGGUUGUAAAUUACAGACAGUGAGUGGACAAAUUAACAACCGUGACUUCAUACAAAGCUAAAGUUGACAAAUAUAACUGAUGGUAAACGUGUAGCUGAGUAAUGUGCUGGAUAUGGGAGAGACGGAAAGAAUAAUUUAGGUAAGUAAACGUUAUUUGGGCAAAGUCACGGCUCGAGAUGGAGGUGCGACUUCUGACGUAAAUGUUAUCACUCAGCAAAGGUUUAAAAUGUCGCCAGGGUCUUUAGUUGGGCUUAAAAGAAAAAUAUUAAUAGCUGGUUUUAUUUAAAAUAUAUACACAAUUCGCUAGAAGUCUGUUGGUUGCAUUACAUCACCACACAGGUGUUCUCUGUUUCUCUAACUGGACUGAAGGAACCCGCAGGUGUAGCCAAUAACAUUAAUGAUAGCUCUGUGCCAUUUAAUUUAGCCAUGACACUCGGCAUGCAAAAACAGCAGAACUGAACUUAGAACGCUUUUAUUGACCAUAGCCAUUAUUAAUGUUAAUAAUUAUCAGGUCCCAGGAAAGACUGUACAGAGGUCAGUGGUCAACAAAAUCCCCAUCUAGCUACAACCAAAGUCAAAUCAACAAAAAACAUCUGUUUAUACUCUUUAAAUGAAUUAAAAAAUAUUUCUCACAAUUAUUGUCUUAUGUCUGUUUCAUCCAAUAAUUGUACUCUGAUUAUGUAGUCCUGUAUUUAAGUUUUACAUUGAUAUCUCAUAUUUAGAGGCCCAGUUACUCUGAGCCUCCUCCUCUUAGGCCCCGCCUCACCAGGAAAUGCAAAAACAAACUCAGCAGUUUCACUUUUAGCAAUGUGUUUACGGAAGAUAGAAGACGCACAGUACUGAGGGUGUUUAUCAGCUUUAACUUUAAAGUCAUCAAAGAAGAGAAACCAAGAAUGGAAGAUACAGAGAAAUCAAAGCUUGAGGAGAUGCUGAUGUGCCCAGUGUGCCAGGACGUCUUUAAGGAACCCCGGCAGCUGCCCUGUGGACACAGCAUGUGUAUGAGCUGUCUGGAAAACAUAAUGGAUCACUCCUUGGAUGUUCCCUUCCGCUGUCCAGACUGUAGGGCACAUUUUGGCACAGUUGUCGGGUUACAAAAGAACUAUGCGCUUGCCAACAUCGUAGAGGACUUCAGGGCGAACAGGAAGAGGAGGGAAGAGCAGUCAAAAAGUGUGUACUGCGACUACUGCUUGGAGAAGAAAACUCUGGCCAUCAAAAUGUGUCUAAAGUGUGAAGUGUCCAUGUGCCAAGAGCAUGUCAACGACCACCUGGAGCUGCCGGUGUUCACAGGACACCCUUUGGUCAGACCUCUGGGUGACCUCCAAGAGAGGAAAUGCCCACAGCAUGAGGACGAGGUGCUGAGGUACUACUGCAACACAUCCAGGCGCUACAUCUGCAACGUGUGUUCCCUGGAGAGCAAGCAGCACACCCUGGCCACUGAGGCCUCCACUGUCCUGCGGAGACAGCUGACUGAGUACAUGGACCAACACUUCAACAUGCUCAGCAAGCAAAUUGGAGAAUCGAAUCAAUCAGUAAAAAAACUGCAAGAAGACAUCCAGCGUGAAAAACAGAAAGUGAACCCUGCCGACUCGACCCUCAACAGUGUCACAGUGGUGCUGCUCUGUCUGUGGUUCAUUGUUCUGUAUUAUGCCUACAACUACUCUGUGGAAAACCAGAUGCUGACAGAAGCACUGGACAAGCAGCAGAACCGCGUGCAUCACAUUUAUUCCACCAUUGCAGAACUUUUAGUCGGUCAUCCAAUGCAGAGCCACAAACCUCCAGAGACAGAUGAUCAAGGAAUCCUCAUGUGGGAUCUGGACACAGUCAGUCCUUUCCUUGGAGUCUCAGCUGACCUCCGAACAGUUGAGAGAAUGAAAAUUCAGGUGGUCUAUUCCGACAGUGACAGCCGCUUUGAUGAAGCUCCGCAGGUCCUCUCCACGCGGUGCUUCUCCACUGGUACCCACGUCUGGGAGGUGGAGGCUGAGGGACACUGGGAUAUCGCUGUGUCCUACAAGAGCAUCCAACGCAAAAGCAAGGACAGCAGCACCUUCGGAAAUAAUGCAGAGUCCUGGAGCCUUACACACAAUGGCAAAGACGAGCUGUUUGCUCAUCAUAAUAAAAUAAAAACCGUUCUCCCUGGACCCUUGCAAAGCAGUCGAAUAGCAGUGAUGGUUAAUUUUGAGAAGGGCAAUAUCACGUUUAGUGCUGUGGAGCCCACAAUCACACAGCUACAUGAGUUCAAGGCUGAACUGGCUCAGCCGGUGUGCCUGGGAUUGGGGCUUUACCGUGAGGAUCCACCUAGCAGAGCCUCUAUUGUCAAAGCUACAUGAAAAUCCUACAAACUGUUGCAAUAAUCAGCUAACACAGCAUCCAGACUGCCUUAUAUGUAGCUGGUAAUCAAGGAGAACUAACUUGACUUGCACUAAAAAGUGGAGGGGUCUGAAAGGAAAGACCUGAAUAUGUCACUGCCAAAAAAUGAAACCUUUGCCUCAGGAAUAUGUUUUUGUAUUUCAAGUUGCAUGAAGGUAUUUAAAUCAUAUGUGAUUAAAAGAUGUUUCCUUUCA